UCGAAAUGGCGAGCGCGCGGGUGCUCAUCUGCACUACUUUGCAGAUUUUGUUGCUGGCCUCAAGCGCAUUUCUUGAUAGCGCUGCAAUUGGUGUCAAUCUUGGUUUUUCUGGGAACAACUUACCUUCAAUAUCUCGGACUGUGGAGCUCAUUAAGUCCCUUCCAAUAAACAUCGACCGAGUGAAGAUAUUUGAAGCGAACGUGGAUGUCAUACGCGCGUUUGCGGGCUCAAAAUUGAAGAUGCUGGUGUCUGUAACGAAUAAUGAAAUCUCCAGCAUCGCGAGCAGUAGUCAGGCUGCCGCCAACUGGGUGAAAGACCACAUCGCUCCAGUUGCAUCCUCCACAAAUAUAGAGUUUGUCGCUGUUGGUAAUGAAGUACUGUCUCCUUCACGAAACGAUCUGGUUCCAGCAAUGAGAAACAUCAGGAGCGCUCUGGAUGCGAGUAACUUCCGAAACAUCAAGGUUACAACCCCACUUGCGCUCAACUUCCUCGCGGACGGCAGUUUCCCUCCAUCCAAAGGCAGCUUCCGAGGUGACUACAGCUCCAUACUCGGAUCUCUGCUGGACUUCCUCUCGAGCACAGACUCCCCAUUCAUGGUGAACGUGUACCCCUACUUCUCGUGGAAAAACGACCAAUCCAUCCCGCUGAGCUACGCCUUGUUCCAAAGCCGCCAAACCGUGGUAUCGGAUGGCCAGUACAACUACAACAACCUGCUGGAUGCGAUCGUGGACACUGUGUACGCGGCAAUGGAGAAAUCCGGCCAUGGAAAUGUUAAAAUCGCAAUCGGAGAAAGUGGCUGGCCAAGCAGUGGAGGAGACGGCGCCACAACUGAGAAUGCUCAAGCGUACCUCUCCGGUCUCAUCAACAAGAUCAACAGUGGGAAUGGAACUCCUCGCGUUUCAGGCCCGCUCAUAGCCAACAUCUUCGCUCUGUAUGAUGAAAAUCAGAAAGGAGGCGAAGAAAUUGAGAGGCACUUUGGGUUGCUCCGCCCGGAUGGUACACCUAAAUACUCCUUACCGUAGUCACAAUUGUGACCAACGUCAAAUAAAGUCAACAUAGUCAAACAUUGACUAUGUUUGAGCAGCUCCCUGUAAAGUUUUCUUUUCGUGUAACUGUAUUGUUUUAGUCCGUUGAAUAAAAUAUUGACUAGUCUUAAUUCAAUAAUUAAUAUAAAUUUAAUAAAC